GCCUUUGCACGCAAAAGCGUUAGGGUGCUCUAGUUGGGUUCCUACUCUCCGCUCUCUGAGCGGGUCUUUUCGUAGGGAUUUUAUUUUGGGGGAUGGGACGGAGUGGUGGUGGCCGGGAGGAAGUUAGAGCCCCACGGCCUGGGGGUGGACAGUCACCAGAGGGCUUACAUCAGAAUCAAGCUUUGUGGGCGCUCCUUCAUUUAGCCCCUUAGCGCGAUCCCAGACAAGUUUUGGACCUAGAGAGUUAUAGAAUUCAGGGCCACUAGUCCCUGCAGCCUGCUGGCUCCGCCCCUGCCUCAGUUUCUUCCCCGACGGUCGACGUGCCGUAGGGGCAGUGCACCCGUUGAGGACAGCGCCUGUUUCUGGCUUGUUUGCUGCAGUCUCCAGCACCUAGGACAGGGCCUGGCACGAAGUAGGUGCAUAAUAAAUAGUGAACGCAGAAGAGAAUGGAUGCGUGAAGGCGAGUGUCCUUUGGAAGGCAGCAUUCAGUGGCUGAGAGCGCGUGGGUUCCCUGUGGGUUCGGUAUAUCGGGUGCGAGGGUGUCAGGGAGAGAGCGCAGGGCUCAAAUUCCACCCCAGCCCGUCCAGCACACUGCGGCUGCGCCGCGCGGCCGAGCCGGAAUUGAUGACGCGAGCUUCCCAUGAUACCUCGCGAGGCGCCCAUUCAAACCGCUCCUAAAAGGGAGAGGAGGUCGUGAUGGCGGCUCUGGAGCAGGAAGUGCUGUCCCCGGCCGCAGUUCCUGAUUUGGAGUGGUGUGAAGAGUCGGAGGAAACCCACGCCCCCCAGAUAGAACUCCUUGAGACUACCUCUGCCCACGAACCUCCCAGCUCUUCGGAGCCUUUUUGCCGCCGAGACUGCUUGGUGCCCGUCGUGUUUCCCGGGCCUGUGAGCCGGGAAGACUGCUGUCGGUUUACUUGUGAACUUAUAAAGCAUAUCAUGUACCAACGCCAGCAACUCCCUCUGCCUUAUGACCAUCUUAAGCACUUCUACCGCAAACCCCUCCAGGCAGAGGACAUGGUGAAGAAGAAAGCUCGGGCCACUGCGGAGGCGAGCAGCAGGACAUGCCAACAAACCCUGGCAGAACUGGAGAGUGUCCUCAGCCACCUAGAGGGUCUCUUUGCCCGGACACUAGUACCGCGAGUGCUCAUCCUCCUUGGGGGUAGUGUCGUAAGUCCCAAGGAGUUCUACGAGCUGGACUUAUCCCGCUUGGCCCCCACCAGCAUGGACCAGAGCCUGAGCACAGCGGCUUGUUUGCGCCGUCUCUUCCGAGCCAUUUUUAUGGCUGAUGUUUUCAGUGAGCUGCAGUCGCCUCCGCUCAUGGGCACGAUCGUCAUGGCACAGGGGCACCGGGACUGUGGAGAAGAUUGGUUUCGACCCAAGCUAAACUAUAGAGUCCCAAAACGGGGCCACAAACUGACUGUGACCCUGUCCUGUGGCAGACCCUCCAUCCCAGGCCCGGCCUGGGAGGAUUACGUUUGGUUCCAGGCACCCGUGACGCUGAAAGGCUUUCACGAGUGAAUGAGGAUGCUUCUUACUUGUGAACACAAUGGCUAAAUGAUUUUUCCUUCUGUGGCACCAAGUCACCCUUCUCUGGCUUGGAGGUAGUUGCUUCCUGGUAAGAGGAAGGUUCUGGCCUUCUGGCUGCCUGCUUCCCCUCCUCAGACUGCCUGGUGCGCUGAUGGUGGGGCUGGGACUGUAAUCCUCAUUGAAUCAAAGGUUGAUUUUCCCAGAGGAGGUUGAGUCAGGGUUUUCUGUUGGGGGUUGGAAAGCAAAUGUGGGCCCAUAGACAGACACUGUCAUGGACGUGGCCCUUUCCUGCAGCCUUUCAGGAUUUUUACCAGGGAUAUAUAAUGUGGGUAUGGCUCAUGAACUUAAAUAUAAAAUGAAUGAAUUCAUAUUAAAUUUUCCUGAAACUCUAGGCUUACAGAGACUUUCUCGGCUCGAGGCUAGGGUAUUUUAUGUUUCUCCUCGGUCUCUUAUGCUUCAGGGCUUCCAGGACUUUAUUUUUUUUUUUAAUAAUUAACGUUUCUUUCUCUUCAUCAGCCCCAUGCCAGUCAGGGAAGUGAAGUGACUUAGCCAAGGAUCUGUAGUGGUUUGCUAUCAGCACCGGGACUAGAGUCCGCGUCAGCUAACACCUAGCCCAACGUUCUUUCCCUGCCACAUACUGGUUUUGUGACCCUUAACGUGUGUGUGCCCAAAGCAGAGGUCACACAGGGGAAGGGGGCUGAGACACUGGGCUGAGAAAAGAAAACAAAGGGUCUUUGCAAAGCCUGGCUGAACCACAGGCUGAAACCCCGGGAAAGCCCCGUGGGAUCAGUUCCCUGAGGCCACACGUCCCUUCUGGAAUUCUGCCCAGCCUGUCUCCGUGGCAGUUGUUCGCAGCUGGCAGUCCUGUUGUCUAUGUUGUCCUUAGGCGAAGCCUGCCCUGCUGCCUGUGGCACUUCCUCCACUGCUGCCUCUCUGACGUGGCUGUCGUCAUCCUUUCUGUUAUCCUCUCUAGCUUGAUGCUGUCCUGACCACUAAACAUCGGUGCUGUUUAUCCCUGGGAACGCCUGCUUAGUCCUUGGAAGUAUUAGGUUGGUGCAAAAGUAAUUGCGGUUUUUGCAUUUAUUUUUAACCUUCUAAACCACAAUUACUUUUACACCAACCUAAUAAAUUGAACAGAGAAUCCUCACCGUACUGGUGUUAGAGAUUUGUGUGUGUGUGUGUGUGUGUGUGUGUGUGUGUGUGUAUACAUGGGAAUAAUAUAAAUAGAUACUAUUUUUUGUGUUUUAAGAAGAAUGUUUUGUUUUUAUGUUUUGUCAAGUAAACCAAAAAUAGUUUAUAUUUUAUGCUACCUUUUAAGCACUUUAUUAUCUAACCUAACAACCUUGCAAAGUUUUUAUCGUUGCGCCCACUUUAUAGAUGAGUCUUGAAGAGAUUGAAUAAAUUGCCUGCGUGUUGAAACCUGGAUUCAAACCCGUCCACCUGGCACCAGAGGCUGAGUGCUUUACCCUGUGCUGUGCAUAGCUGUGUGAUUUUAUUGUGAAAUAAUUAAAGAGGAUUUGCCCUACCAGAAUCAGUCAUACUGGAAACCUGCAGGACACCCCCACCUCCUUGCUUCAGAUUGUGUUUCCUGAUA